ACUGUUUCCUGACUUUUUCAGGUUUCUCCAUUCUCAGAUAGACAGAGUCUCAGGGCACAGCCACAAGACUGCCAGAGAGAAAAACAAUGGCUAUGUCUUUCUCUUCUUUACAAUUUCCUACCAUUUCAAUCCCUUGUAGAAAGUACAAAUUCUUGCACAUUCCUCCCUUUCAUCGUCAAUCCUCAAAAUCAAAAAGCUCAUUCCACCUCUGCCACCGCCCAUUCUCGAGCCACUCUUCAACAAUCUUUCGUUGCCAGGCUCAAAAGCAGCAAGAAUAUCAAGUUGAAAGGCUAUUUUCCAACCUUAACCAAGCCACUCUUAAGAGAGAGCCUGGAAGUUUAUCUAGUGCAAUUUUUCUGGUCGCGGGUACAACGGUAGGUGCUGGGAUCCUAGCAAUUCCUGCUGUUACUGAAGAAUCUGGAUUUUUGGCCUCUGCAGUGGCUUGCAUCGUUUGUUGGAUAUUUAUGGUUGUUACUGGACUACUCAUUGCUGAAGUAAAUGUGAACACAAUGUGUGAAUUGGGUUCUGGGGGAGUAUCCUUGGUGUCAAUGGCCAGAAGAACUCUUGGGACAGUUGGGGUUCAAAUUGCAUGUUGGACGUACAUUUUUAUCCAUUAUGCCCUUCUAGUUGCCUAUGUGGCUCGUUCUUCAGAAAUUUUGACAAACUUUCUUGGCAUUCCAUUAUGGGAAAGCGCAGCAUUGUUUUCUUUGGUUUUUGGAGGCAUAUGCUACUUUGGAAGUCAGCGCUUCAUUGGUGGUGUUAAUGGUGUUCUAGUACUUGGAAUAAUUAUUUCUUUCACAGCUCUUGUGGCAGUGGCCAGUGGAGGGCUGCAACUAGAUGCUCUUUUGAAAGCCAACUUUGAAGCUGUUCCUAUGAGUAUACCCAUAAUUGCACUUUCAUUUGUUUAUCAGAAUGUAGUACCUGUUCUUUGCACGAACCUUGAAGGAAACAUUUCAAAAGUAAGGGCUGCAAUUGUUCUGGGCACUGCUAUACCUCUGGGCUUGUUUCUUGUAUGGAAUGGUGUUAUUCUAGGAUCAAUUCCGAAUUCAGAGAUGGCUGAUAAGAUGAUUGAUCCACUACAACAGUUGAAAUCUACCAAUGGUGUUGUGGGGCCAAUAGUUGAGGUAUUCUCACUACUUGCAAUUGCAACAUCUUAUAUUGGAUUCAUUUUGGGGCUUGCUGACUUCCUUGCUGAUUUGUUAAAACUCCCAGCUAAUCAGAGCAGCCCUCUACCCUACAUCUUGACUCUGUUUCCACCAUUGGUAUUAGCAUUGCUGGACCCCGAAAUAUUUUUCAAAGCCUUGGAUUUUGCAGGAACAUAUGGUGUUUUGGUGCUCUUUGGGAUUUUUCCGGCCGCAAUGGCUUGGUCAGACAGGUAUUCAAGUUCAUCAUCAACUGUAAAACUGCCGCAGCUAGUUCCUGGUGGAAGAAUAACCCUUUCUUUAGUGAUGGGAGGUGCAGGAUACAUCAUUCUUUCAGAAUUACGGCAGAAUUUUGGGCUCUCUUAAUUAUCAAGAACAUAAACUCUUUUUAUGGCUUAAAAUUAUGUUUAUCCUUUUGAGUCUCAUCAUAGAAUUUCUUGUAUUCUUCCUGCAUUUCCUCUACUUAAUUCAUAGAUCAUAUUGAAGAUGUAGUGUUUCUGGAUCAAGAGUUUAGUGGUUGAAUUCUUUACUUAUCUAUGUAGGAAGUUUUCAUUGCUUGUAUUAUAUUACUGAAAUUCAAACAGGCACAUUUUUAUAGCAUGAAAAUCCAGAAAGCAAUUAGAGGUGAUCAAA